ACUCAAUGUCCAGACUUAGACAUUUAAACCUUGCCAGGGCCGUAUUUCUUUAGAUUGGGUAAAGCUUUCGUACUGCCAAGACAGUUUGCAUAGGUAUACCCGCUUUCCUUUUUGGGAUGCAUAUGAUAUUACCUUUUGGACAAACAGAUCUUCAUAUCAUCAAGAACCACCAGCAAUCCAUCAUAGUCAGAGUAUCCGAUCUUCAUAUCAACAAGAAACAACAAAAAUCUUCAGAGGCCAGUGCACUAGACAGCCCUUUUACUAUAUUAUUUUAUGCUUAUCCUGUUUGGUUUAUUCCGAAAUCUUUCAAUUUUGAUAAAUGUAGCUACAGAAACUGCAAAUUAACAGCAGAUAGGAAACUACUUUCCACCAGUCAAGCUGUCAUUUUUCAUCAUAAUUCAUUCACCAAACUGCCUAAAAAACCAAAUGGUCAAAUAUGGAUAUUUGCUACAUUAGAGAAUCCUUAUCUUACUUUUAAUCGCUACAAAGUUGACAAAUCAAAGAGGAAAUUUAAUUGGACGAUGACGUACCGAAAAGACUCAGAAGGAUUUUCACCAUAUGUAGUUCUAAAGGAACGAAUUGAAAUACCUGUCAAAAACUAUACUUCUAUAUACAUGAAAAAAACAAAAAACAUUGCUUGGAUCACGAGCAACUGUCGAACUUCAUCAAAGCGAGAAGAUUAUGUGAAAGAACUUUCUAAAUACAUUGAUGUUGAUAUUUAUGGAAAAUGUGGGAAACCUUGUUUAUUCAAAGAAUAUUGUAAAACGCAUUUAAGUAAAACUCACAGAUUUUAUCUUUCUUUUGAGAAUGCAUUAUGCAAGGACUAUCUGACAGAAAAAGUGGCAGACAUGUACGAUAUAAAUAAAAAUUUUAUUCCAAUCGUUAGAGGUGCACCAAAUGCAGGAGACUACUUACCGCAAAGGACAUAUAUUUCAACCUCGGAUUUUGAGUCACCAAAGAAACUGGCGACGUUUCUAAAGAUUUUAGGCCGCAAUGAAACACGUUAUAUUUCAUAUUUGAAAGAAAAAGACAAAUAUGUGGAUGAAUAUGGGAAGUUAAAAGCGGGACUUUGUGAUAUAUGUUCUCAUUUAAAUGUUAAAGAACAACAGCCUAAAACUAUGAAUCUAAGCAGAUGGUUAUGGGAAAAUCAGUGUCAUAUGCAACAUGACAUACCUACUUAAAGUAUUAUAUUUGUUUGGAACAGUUUUGACAUUUGACAUUUUUACAUUUUAUACUAUUAUGUCUGUCGUAAAAGUGAUAGGUUUAGAUGGGUAUAAUCCGAUGUGUUAACUACCAUUUUGUUAAGAACAUCCUGGUUUCUGUAGAUUUGUAGGGACAUUCCGUUUUGAAUUUUCC